UUUAUUUUUCCAUUGAUUUCUGAAAAAAAAGAAAUAAUUUUUUCUGAUACAAAAUAUAGAUCAUAUGUCAAAUCAUCAAAUGAGGGUUUUUACAAUUUUCUUGCUUAAUGUCAUCUCCAUCUUCGUCUUGUCGGCAACCGCCGGUCAUGUCUCAUCAUCCCUGCCGGAAAAACUUCUCCGAUCAACGGCGGCGCUCCGGCGGCACACCGCCAUGUCGGACUUCCGUGUGGUCAACCGUAGACAUUUGAUCCAGUGCCCAAGCCCGAGCCCAUUUCUCGAAGUGACCGUCUCCGAUCCGCCGGAACUGCUGCCCGACGACGGGUAUGUGACCGUUAACGUCACCGGAGUUCUGGUUCCGGCGGAGAAUCAUUGGGUGGCGAUGAUCUCUCCUUCUCACUCUAGUGUGGAUACUUGCUUGGGGAAUUCAAUCAUGUAUCAACAGACUGGUGACUUCAGCACUCUUCCUCUUUUGUGCCAUUAUCCAGUUAAGGCUCAAUAUGUCAGCAAUGAUCCAGAAUACCUCAACUGCAGCAAGCAAGAAUGCAAGAAACAUGUCGCCGGAAAAUGUGUCUUGUCGACGUGCGGCGCCACGCUGACAUUUCACGUCAUCAACAUCCGGACAGACAUAGAGUUUGUUAUGUUUGGCGGGGGUUUUCAGACACCGUGCAUUUUGAAAAGAUCCGGCGCAAUGAGCUUCGCAAAGCCAAACAAGCCCUUGUACGGACACUUAUCGAGCAUAGACUCCACUGGAACAUCGAUGAGAGUGACGUGGGUGAGUGGAGAUCGAAAGCCGCAACAAGUGAAUUAUGCAAAUGGGAAGACAUUGACAUCCUCGGUCUCGACUUUCUCACAGGCCGAGAUGUGUACUAAUUCUGUAAUCGAAAGCCCGGCUGCUGAUUUUGGUUGGCACGACCCGGGAUAUAUUCACUCGGCUGUAAUGACGGGCCUCGCCCCUUCUACAAAAUACUCGUAUAAAUAUGGAAGCGAUUUAGUCGGUUGGAGCGAUGAAAUUACAUUCAAGACCCCGCCAGCCGGGGGAUCGAACGAGGUCAAGUUUCUCGCCUACGGCGACAUGGGCAAGGCUCCUCUCGACUCUUCAGCCGAACACUUCAUACAACCAGGAUCAGUAUCGGUUAUAAAAGCCAUGGAUACGGAAAUAUCAUCGGGUGAAAUCGACUCGAUAUUUCACAUCGGAGACAUAAGCUAUGCAACUGGUUUUCUAGCAGAAUGGGACUUCUUCCUUCACCUCAUCUCUCCCUUAGCCUCCAAAGUUUCUUACAUGACAGCCAUAGGCAACCAUGAGAGGGACUAUGUCGGGUCAGGAUCAGUCUACAUUACUCCCGACUCGGGUGGCGAAUGCGGCAUUCCUUACGAGACAUACUUCCCAAUGCCAUCGGCGGAGAAGGAUAAGCCAUGGUACUCUAUAGAGCAAGGAAGUGUUCAUUUUACCGUCAUCUCGACCGAGCACAAUUGGUCCGUGAAUUCCGAGCAGUAUGAAUGGAUGAAGAAGGACAUGGCGGCAGUCAAACGAACACGAACCCCUUGGCUAAUUUUCGCCGGGCAUCGGCCGAUGUAUUCAUCCAAUCCGGGGCUAGCCAUUCUCCCUAGCGUCGACGAGGAUUUUGUCGAUGCUGUCGAGCCAUUGCUGCUGGAAAACAAGGUCGAUCUUGCGUUGUUUGGGCAUGUCCACAACUACGAACGAACGUGCGCUGUCUACAAGCAAGAAUGCAAAGCAAUGCCGAAGAAAGAUGAAAAUUCAAUCGACACGUACAAUAACAGCAACUAUGCUGCACCAGUCCACGCCAUCAUCGGAAUGGCUGGAUUUAAGCUCGACGGAUUUACUCAGAAUGACAACAGUUGGAGCUUGUCUCGGAUAUCUGAGUUCGGCUACAUUAGGGCCCAUGCGACGCCCAAAGAGCUCAAAAUCGAGUUUGUGAAUGCCGAAACGAAGAAGGUUGGGGAUAGCUUUCGAUUCAUCAAAGGUUGACAAAAUCAAUGAGGGAGUUGGCAUCUAACUAUUUGAAUCCUACUAUCGAGAUUCAAACCUUUCGAGUCGGGGGCAAUCGAGAAUAAUACAUUCUUAAUUUGAUCGAUGUUUGAUAAUAUGUACCUAUAUAUCCUUGUCCGAUGUAGUGACAACAGAGAUUUAAAUUUUAAUUUGAGACCAUCACCAUGUCGAUAUCUCAUCUUACUAUUUAUUAU